AGGCAUUUGUCGUUGUUUCCCGCGUAUUCCCGUAUCGUCUAUUUGUUUUUAAUUUGUUGUUUGCUGUUUGAGUUAUUACAAGCUUGUGUUUAUUCUUUUCUAAUCAAUUAUAAUAAUUUCAUCAGUGAAGAUUCGAUUUAAUUAGUUGAGUGUUAAAAGUUCUAUUUUUUAUCUUUUCACUUUAUUGUAAUGUAUCCAAAUAUUAGGCAUGGUCAAAAUCGCCAAUGAAAUUAGGUUAGGUCAUGUUAUUUUCCAAUUCGCUCUAUUAUUAUGAACAUUAAUUUUAAAAGAUAGCAAAAAUGCCAUCUCAUCAAAAAAAUAAAUCAGCUCCUGUGCAUUUGUGCAGGAGGCUUCUCAAGGAAAAAAUCAGUUCGUUGAGAGUAAUGGAUGAUCUUGAUUCUGAACUUUCUCAAGUGUCAUUCUUGAUGGAGAGAACUGUCAAUGCGAGUGAAAGUGAUUCUGUCCUUAUUAUAGGACCUCCAGGCUGUGGAAAAACAAUGCUAGUCAAAGAAGCUCUACAGAAUUUGAAAACAACCUGUGAUAAGGACAAAUAUAUUAGUGUGCAACUUAACGGUCUCAUCCAUACUGAUGAUAAUCUGGCACUUAGAGAUAUCAUCCAUCAGAUGAAUGUAGUUUUUGACGGAACCAAGGUGACCAGUAACUUUUCAGAGAAUCUGCAGCUGCUUCUGCACUCUCUUAGAAAUGGCGAGGAUAAAAUUUCAAAAGCUGUUAUCUUCGUUUUAGAAGAAUUUCAUCUAUUUUGUGCUCACAGAAAUCAGACUCUUCUGUACAAUCUGUUCGAUACUGUUCAGUCAACAAGGGGUGUCUGUGUGAUUGGCCUAACUUCCCGUCUGGAUGUGGCGGAAAUGCUGGAGAAAAGAGUCAAGUCUCGGUAUUCGCACAGACAAAUACUACUGCUGCAACCUGCUACUAUUGAGAAGAGAAUGCAACUAUUCAAGGAGCUCCUUAUUCUACCAAAUGAUCGCAGUCGAAACAGUAUAGAUUCUGCGUACAGAGACAAAUGGAAUAAGAAUAUCGAGUCGCUAGCAAAAGACAAUCGGGUCAUUCGUUGCGUUCAGAGACAACUGGAAUUGGAUGGCAGUGAGAGUGGAUUUCGAGUGUUCCUGAUGCUAUUAGUUUGUCAACUUGAUGUCGACUGUCCAUCUAUAACAAGUGAUGCGAUUCACAAUACUCAUAACAAAAUAUCUAACGAUGACAAAAUUACUUUACUGGAAGGUCUAUCAGUUUUGGAAAUCUGUUUGAUAAUCGCUAUGAGCCAUCAAAACGAAAUCUAUGAUGGGGAUCCAUUCAAUUUUGAAAUGAUUGCAAACAGAUACAUGAAGUUCGCCUCGCAAAACUCGUCCAUUCAAAUCAUGCAGAGGCCAGUCUUGUUGAAGGCCUUUGAAAGGAUAAAGCAUCUUGAGCUCAUAUCACCAGUAAGCUCAGCGGGUCGGAACUCGCACAAAGAAUUCCAGCUGUUCAAUUUCCUGCUGACAAAGGAGCAAGUGACUGCUGCUGUGAAUCGCUACUCGGGAAUGCCCACAGAUGUCACCCAGUGGGCUUCCAGUUCUUUAAUGUAACUUUUUUAAAUGUCUAUUACGAACAUCGUUUUUAAUAUCUGAGAGAGAAAUAAAAUUUCAAUUUAAUCAUUCGUUUCAACACGUGAAGUGAUAUUCUCUGUAUUUUCUAGUUUUAUUAAAUAAUGUUCUCUACA